GACAGCGGAGCCCGGGCGCGGCCGGGACAGGUAGCCUCCCGCCGGGGCUCAAGGGGCGCUACCCUCUGCUCCCUGCGGUUCCACCGCCUCCGAGGGUGGAGCCGGCCGCCCCGCCUGCACACCUCCAGCGGCACAGGUGGCUGGGCAGGGCCUGGAAACAAAGUCAUAAGAGCAGCACCUUGAAAAAAAAAGUCCUCUCUCCUGGACUCCCCGCUCGCUAGUCGCAGGGAGCCCUCGGAGCCGCCACCAUGGGAAUGUCCAGAUCACAGGGCUGCUUCGGUUACCCCCUGAGCAUCUUCUUCAUCGUGGUCAAUGAGUUCUGUGAAAGAUUUUCCUACUAUGGAAUGAGAGCGCUCCUGAUUCUGUACUUCAGACGGUUCAUCGGAUGGGACGAUAAUCUGUCCACGGCCAUCUACCACACGUUUGUGGCUCUGUGCUACCUGACGCCCAUCCUUGGCGCGCUGAUCGCGGACUCCUGGCUGGGAAAGUUCAAGACGAUCGUGUCGCUGUCCAUCGUGUACACAAUCGGACAGGCGGUGAUUUCAGUCAGUUCCAUUAAUGACCUCACAGACUUCGACCAUGACGGAAUCCCUGACAACCUCCCCACACAUGUGGCACUGUCCAUGAUUGGCCUGGCCCUGAUAGCUCUGGGAACCGGAGGAAUAAAGCCCUGUGUGUCUGCGUUUGGUGGAGACCAGUUCGAAGAGGGCCAGGAAAAACAAAGAAACCGAUUCUUUUCCAUCUUUUAUUUGGCCAUUAAUGCUGGAAGCUUGCUUUCUACUAUCAUCACUCCCAUGCUCAGAGUUCAACAAUGUGGAAUUCACAGUAAACAAGCUUGCUACCCACUGGCAUUUGGGGUCCCUGCUGCUCUCAUGGCUGUAGCUCUGAUUGUGUUCGUCAUUGGCAGUGGAAUGUACAAGAAGUUUCAGCCCCAGGGUAAUGUCAUGGCUAAAGUUGUCAAGUGCAUUGGUUUUGCCCUCAAAAACAGGUUUAAGCAUCGGAGUAAGGAGUUUCCCAAGAGGGAGCACUGGCUGGACUGGGCUAAAGAGAAAUAUGAUGAGCGGCUCAUCUCUCAAAUUAAGAUGGUUACGAGGGUGAUGUUCCUGUAUAUCCCGCUCCCAAUGUUCUGGGCCUUGUUUGACCAGCAGGGCUCCAGGUGGACACUGCAAGCCACAGCUAUGAGUGGGAAAAUUGGACUUCUUGAAAUUCAGCCGGACCAGAUGCAGACCGUGAACGCCAUCUUGAUCGUCAUCAUGGUCCCCAUUGUGGAUGCUGUGAUAUAUCCUCUGAUUGCAAAAUGUGGCUUCAAUUUCACCUCUUUGAAGAAGAUGACAGUUGGAAUGUUCCUGGCUUCCAUGGCUUUCGUGGUGGCGGCAAUUGUGCAAGUGGAAAUUGAUAAAACUCUUCCAGUCUUCCCCAAACAAAACGAAGUCCAGAUUAAAGUACUGAAUAUAGGAAAUGAUAACAUGACUGUAUAUUUUCCUGGAAGCGCGGUGACACUUGACCAAAUGUCCCAGACAAAUGAAUUUAUGACGUUUGAUGUAGACAAACUGACAAGUAUAAACAUCUCUUCUACUGGAUUACCCAUCACUCCAGUAACUCAUAAGUUUGAGCAGGGCCAUCGCCAUACCCUGCUAGUGUGGGCCCCCAAUAACUACCGCGUGGUAAAAGAUGGCCUUAACCAGAAGCCAGAAAAAGGGGAAAAUGGCAUCAGAUUUAUAAAUAGUUUCGAUGACAGCUUCAACAUCACAAUGGAUGGAAAAGUGUAUGUGAACGUCACCAGUCACAAUGCCAGCGAAUAUCAGUUUUUUCCUUUGGGCGUAAAAAGCUUUACGCUAAGCCCAACACAACAGACUCCACCACAGUGUAAGAAUGAUUUCCAAUCAUCCAACCUGGAAUUCGGUAGUGCCUAUACCUAUGUAAUCAGAAGGAAGAGUGACGGCUGUGCUGAAUUGCACAUGUUUGAAGAUAUUGCACCCAACACAGUUAACAUGGCUCUGCAGAUCCCACAGUAUUUCCUGAUCACCUGCGGUGAAGUGGUUUUCUCUGUCACGGGAUUGGAGUUCUCAUAUUCUCAGGCCCCCUCCAACAUGAAGUCGGUGCUUCAGGCGGGAUGGCUGUUGACAGUGGCUGUCGGCAACAUCAUUGUGCUUAUUGUAGCAGGAGCAGGCCAGUUCAGCGAACAGUGGGCUGAGUACAUUCUGUUUGCGGCCUUGCUUCUGGUUGUCUGCGUGAUAUUUGCCAUCAUGGCCCGUUUCUAUACUUACAUCAAUCCAGCGGAGAUCGAGGCUCAGUUUGAUGAUGAUGACAAGAAAAAGAGCCUGGAAAAUAGCUAUUCCACGGUGACUCCCGUCUCACAGACGCAGAUGUAAAUGUCAGGAAGCAAGUGGAGGAUGGACUGGGUCCGGAACAUGCCCUGGCUUCUGUCCCCUGGUGGCAGGACACUCUGAUGGGGAAGACUUCAGAAUUGCGAACCAAGAAAGCUCUUUUCUAAAAGCUGCCAGCGGUGAACCUAAAAGUCUGGAAGAAGUCUUUUUUUUUUUUUUUUAAAGAAAAGUCAUAUUUAAAGCAUGCACACAUACACACAUACAUACACUUCUACAACCAUGAGUCUCUAUCCUGCCUUUAACUCCUUUUCUACCACAUGAAUGAAGUUAUUUUGGACUAAACUUUUUGAAAGGGUGGCAAAGUUCCAUAUUGUUUGCAUUCCAGCACUCUUUGAAAACACUGUUCGAUGCGGCAGGAGCCAAUGUGAAAAAGUGAAUUUACAGGCUUUAGAAUGGAAUAUAAUAAGCACCGGCUAGUAUUAACUGAUAACUUUACCUUUUGUUUUUUUGUUUUGUUUUUUCCAUUCCCUACCUCUUUAAAUUUUGUGUGACUCAAAAGACCACUCAGGUAAAGGCCAGUAAUGACUUUUGGAGUUUCAGGAAUGUAUGAAAUACCUUCCUGUUCUUAAGAGCAAGUGUCUGUGUGUUCUGGGGGUAGGAUAAGAAAUCCUUAACAUGGGUCCUGAUUCUAAAAGUCAUGUACACUCAAUAAAGUGUCAUCAGCGGUUGAUAAAAGUAUGAACAAAAGCAAUGCCCACGUACAAUAAA